AUGGUCACCAACGUGGCAAUGUCCUCAUCUUCUCCAGAGGAUAUAGACUGUGUUGUGGCUGUCAAGUUCUUUGGACCUCAGCUCAGCUUUUGCAGAUACCCUGGUAGAAGUGACUCCGAGUGGAUCAACUUGAGAAUCGAAACCCUAGUUUCUUCUCCUCCCGGGUCAUGUUUUCCAAGAAAGACGACAUGUUUCAAAUUGUCGGAUCUGGAGGCCACCUUAUUGGAUCAUGGGAUCUCAGUUGGAUCAUGUACACGAUCAUUGGAUCAAUAUGUUCGCAAUCCCAUUAACAUGUUUAAGAGGUUGCGCUUGAAAAAUUCCCAAGCUGUCAAAGACCAAACGGGAGCUUCUGGAUUCGUGCCACACGAGUGA